AUCAAAAACAAAACUGUAGUCCCUUUGAAUGUCCUUGAGUGACGUUGCGAUUGGAGGUCAAUUAUACUUCAAGCAAAUUUGAAAUAACUUCCAAUAUUAUCUUGUAUAUAGCUACUGCACUGUUUAAGAGUGAAGCUAUCAAUGGCGACAGAAGCAAUUUUCAGGCCGCAUGUCGAUCAAGAAAAUCCAAACCCUCUGAACUUCAAAGGAGGAAAUGCGUCAGGGAGAAAAUUUGGAGCUACAAAAUCCUUUAAGUCCAGCAACGUUCCCAUAACAACUCCACGACGUGCUCUGGGAGAUGUAGGAAACACCCUUAGGCCAGCUGCUACAAAUUCAAGAAAAGGACUUGCUUUAAAACCAAACAAGCUCCUUGGAAAGACACCUACGACAAAGAUUUUUCAAGAUCAUACUCGGACGCCAUCAGCCAAAGGAAAACUGCUCUUGAAACAAAUUAGCUCUGCUGAGAUAAAACAAAGUAGGAAACAGAAAAAGGCAUCUCAAACAAAGACAGCAGUGAAACCAAAAGCUAAAGAGGAGCAAGACCUAAGUGAAAGAGAAGUGAUGUAUCCAUUUACUGACACAGAUGAUGUCCUUCCAAGGUCAAACCACAUUUCAACAAUUUUGAAGAAUGUUGGAGCUCUUUAUUAUGGCUGCCAGUUGCACCCUACUUAUUCCACUGAUUCUGAUGCUGAAGACAAUGCAGCAGACUUAUUUCACUUUGAUGAUUACAAAAGACCAGCAACAGAUAACUCUCUUGACUCACUCCCAUUUGAAAGAGAACUGGAUUCCUUAACUCCUCAAUUUGAUUGCUUCAGCUUAUCAGAUAUUGAACUGCCACCUGUGGACAUUGAUUCUCUGGGGCUUGGAUUAUUGUAGAAAUUCGAAUUUAUUCAUUACAUGACAUAACAUUUAAAUGCCUUGUAUGUAAUUCAUUUUGUUUUUUGUUUUUUUUGUUUUCUUUUCUUUUUUUUGAAAAGAUGUCAAAUCUGUCUAAAGCAUUAUUUCUUAACAAUAUCAUCCAAGUUUCUCUUUAAGUUUUCCAUUUCUCUGUGCUUUUAUGUAGUAUUAUCAUUUAAAUUUGGCAAGUUGCCUGUAUUUAAUUAUGCCACAUGUGUAACUUUUAAGUAAAAAAAUUGAAGGGAAUUUCCAAGUAGUAUUAGUUGCAAACUCUGAAAGAUGAAUAAAAUUGUAAAUAUUA